CGUUACACAUCAAAAGCGAGGGUAGGCUCAAAUAUUGGCAUUCUCUCGCCCUCUCUCCUGCAGGACUCUCUCUCUCCUCUCUUCUGGGUGAUCAUGGCUUCCAGGUUUGCUGUCAGUGAUGCUGACAUUGAUCUUGAGAUACGGGAGGAGGAGAUAAACGAAGAUGUUGUUGGUGGUGAUGCUUCAUCAGGUGCUCUCGUACCAGAGAUAAAGAUCGACUCUGUAGACGACUCUCCCUCUCAGAAAAAAACUCCAGAGAGGAACAUUGAAGCAAAUGAGCUCACUGUUACCAGUGAAAGGAACCUGGCACUCUAUGAGGAGGAUCUAAGGAGACGCCCACGUAUCGCCAAGAUGCUGUCCACUAUAGUCCAGUAUGACUCUGGAGUUGUGCCUAACCCGAAAAAAGGGAAGAAAAACAAGAAAAAAUCUGCCAAGAUGGGUACCAUUAUGGGUGUGUACCUCCCCACCCUACAGAAUAUCCUUGGAGUGAUCCUGUUCCUCCGCUUGACAUGGAUAGUCGGUACAGCUGGUGUUGGUCAGGCCUUCCUCCUCGUCCUCUUGUGCUGCUUGUGUACAUUUUUGACUACCAUCUCACUCAGUGCUAUUGCUACCAAUGGAGUAGUUCCUGCCGGUGGCUCUUACUUUAUGAUAUCUCGUAAUCUUGGCCCUGAAUUCGGAGGAGCUGUUGGUAUCCUCUUCUAUCUUGCCAACACAUUUGGUACUUCACUCUAUACACUAGGAGCCAUUGAAAUAUUUAUAACUUAUAUUGCUCCUGAUGUUUCAUUGUUUGGUGAUGUACAGGGUCAUCCUGACAGGCUUUACAAUAACAUGAGAGUGUAUGGUACCAUACUACUACUCUUAAUGAGUGUAAUUGUAUUUGUUGGAGUUAAACUAGUCAAUUAUUUUGCUACGUUUUGUCUUGUUUGUGUCAUAAUUGCUGUGGUAUCUAUUUAUGCUGGUUGCUUUGACCCAAGAGCGAGAGCUGAAGUGUGUACUAUCAAUGGAACCGUCCUUGAGAUGCGGUUUGAUUGUGACUCCCUCUCUAAUGCCAGCACAAGAACUGACGUCUGUCAUCCUGACAAUCCUCAGAUACAGGCUCUCUUCAACGGCUCCUAUUAUCUAGAUGAGGACUGGAUUGAGUUUCACAGCCCAACCUGUCUGAAUGGUAUACCAGGAAUCACUGCUAGUAGACUCAUUGUUGAGAAUACAAAGUCAAUGUACCUGAGGAAAGGAGAGGCUAGACCUGGUGUUGAGGCUGCUGGUAAUCAGGUAGCAGCUGCCAUAUCCUCGUCAUUCCUUGUACUUAUUGGAAUAUUCUUCCCAUCUGUGACUGGUAUUAUGGCUGGUUCCAACAGAUCUGGUGACCUCAAAGAUGCUCAGAAGUCAAUACCAAUAGGAACCAUUGCUGCACAACUGACAACCACUGUCUUGUAUUUGAGUUGUGUCUUAUUCUUUGGCUCAACUAUUGAAGGAUUCCUGUUAAGAGACCAGUUUGGAGACAGUACAGGUGGUCUUACUGUAUCACUAUUGGCUUUUCCCACUAAGUGGGUUAUUCUAAUUGGCUCCCUCCUCUCCACCAUUGGGGCUGGACUACAAACAUUAACAGGUGCCCCGAGGUUACUCCAGGCCAUUGCUAAAGAUGACCUCAUUCCUUUUUUAAGAUAUUUCAAGAAAGUGUUGCCAUGGAACGGCGAGCCAACCUUUGCCCUGAUACUGACGGCAAUACUGGCCGAGGCCGGGGUACUCAUUGCCAGUCUUGAUCUUGUAGCUCCUAUACUAUCAAUGUUCUUCUUGAUGUGUUAUAUGUUUGUUAAUUUUGCUUGCACUCUUCAAUCCUUGUUGAGGGCCCCUAACUGGAGACCAAGAUUCCGUUUCUAUCACUGGAGUACAUCAUUGCUUGGUGCUUUACUCUGCUUAGCUAUAAUGUUCAUGACCUCCUGGUAUUAUGCACUAGUUGCUAUUGUCCUUGCUCUGGGCAUUUAUAAAUACAUUGAAUUUAGAGGUGCUGAGAAGGAGUGGGGUGAUGGUAUGAGAGGGUUGAGCCUUCAAGCUGCCCGCUAUAGUCUCCUUCAUCUCGAGGAGAAUCCUCCUCACACUAAGAACUGGCGUCCUCAGCUUCUCAUUUUGAUACGUCUUGACGAGAACCUCAUCCCCUCGCAUCCUAAGAUGCUCUCACUUGCCAGUCAACUCAAAGCAGGCAAGGGAUUGACAAUGGUGGCUGCAGCACUAGAGGGUAACUUCACUGAGAAAAUGGCUGAAUGUAUUGCAGCUAGACAAACGUUGAAAAGAUUUGCUGAUGAUAAUAACAUUGAAGGAUUUACAAAAGUCAUUGCUGCAUCAACUGGAGCAGAAGGAAUGUCACACUUUAUUCAAGCUGCAGGGUUGGGUGGAAUGACGCACAAUACUAUCAUGAUCGGUUGGCCUGGUCGAUGGAGGAAGACAUAUUCCUGGAAUCCAUUUAUCAAUGCCAUCAAAAUUGCUUACAUGAAAGAACUGGCUAUUCUCGUACCAAAAGGAAUCAAUUGGUUCCCGAGCAAUGUUGAUAGAAUGAAGAAGACCAUUGAUGUCUGGUGGAUUGUCCAUGAUGGCGGUUUGCUGAUGCUCCUCCCAUUCUUAUUGCGUAAACACAAAGUCUGGAAACAUUGUCAGCUCCGAAUAUUCACAGUUGCCCAGCUGGAGGACAACAGCAUUCAAAUGAAGAGAGACCUGGCUGUGUUCCUUUAUCAGUUGAGGAUCGAAGCUGAAGUAGAUGUAAUAGAAAUGCCUAAUACUGAUAUAUCAGCUUAUACUUAUGAGAGGACAUUAGUAAUGGAGCAGAGGAAUGAGCUAUUGAAGAAGAUGAGAUUAACUAGAAAAGAGAGUAGGAAAGAGAUCCAAUCUGUCAUUUCGAAAUCUUUCACAAGAGGCACGUCAGUAAUAAAAGGAUCGCCAGACAGUACUAAACCAAUGACUAAAGCUGAAGAGGCACACACUGAAGAAGUUAAAGCAGCUGCUACCACUCCCGCCAAAACUCUGAAAUUCGGUCACGCCCACGAUAGCUCAAGCGAUAGUGAUGACAUUACUGUACAAACACCACUCCUGGCUGUUCCUUCAGGUUUAGCUCCUCCCACUUCUGGGACCACGCCUCUAAAGCCCCGCCUGGCUGAAGCAACAAACAUCAAGGAAUUUGAUAAGCUCUUUGAUGACGGGAAAGAAAAUGAAGAAAAGGAUAAGGAAGGACUCUAUAAGGACAUUCAACAGGAGAAUCUAUUGCGCAUGAACACGUCAGUGAAAUUAAACGAGUUGAUAGUUGAGAAGAGUCACGACGCUUCGCUUGUUAUUGUCAAUCUACCUACGCCUCCUAGUGACCCUGGAAAAGAAGAAAACUAUAUGGAGUUCCUUGAUGUGCUAACUGAAGGGCUGGAUAGGGUAUUGAUGGUUAGAGGAGGAGGACUUGAAGUUGUCACCAUUUAUUCUUAAGAAUAUAUCAUCUUUAUUCCACCAUUAAUGAUAACGAUAGUCGCUAUAACUUUUAUUAAAUAAUUUAUUCUGCCAUUCAUGCACUCACAAUCUCAUUAUCAUUAGCUAUUGCUCUUGUAAUGUAUUAGUUAACAUUCUUAAUCAUUAUUAUUGAAAAUAGUUGAACUUUUUAAUCAUGUA